AUGUCUACCCCUCAAACCGUCAACGAUAUCACUGCUGCUGUUGUUCAGCCCCCCGAUUCCUUUGCCGCUGAAUUGCCUGCUGUCAUCAUGCUCCCGCAGGACGACAUUGCUCGUUUCAUUAAGGAACAAGAAGAGCGGUUCGUAAAGAAUUCCUCCUGUCCUCCUGGCGCUCUCUUUUUUCGCGAGUAUUACACCUGUCAUCGUGCUGGCAGCUACCGCUCCACCGCGAAGAAGCGCCGCGUCAAGCCUUCCAUCCGUUGUGGAUGUAAAGCCCGAAUCUCUGUCUCCUCUUUUGAGGCUGACAAAGGUUUCGUCAAGGUGACCUAUCACUGGAAACAUGUCGGUCACACUCCAGGCAGUUUGGAGGACCUGAACUGA